AUGUUCGACACCUCGGCCACCUAUGGGAAUGAGGUCCUGUUCCACUGGGUGUUCCGGGGCUAUCGCUCGGACGCUGAUCUGUCAGUGCAACAGCAGUUCUGCGACGAGGUUUUGAUCAGGUCGGCUAACGACGGUUGGUUCCGGCCGUCCAUCGUCAUCUCCGUGUUCGUCGGCUGGAAAGUCUCGGUGACCUCGUUCGAGGUCGGGGCCCGAGUCUACUCCAUCGGCCCCCAAGGAGUGGUGAUGGCAAGUGAUCAUGCGAUGAGCACAUGCGAGCUGCGGGUCACCGAUCGUGCCUCGCCCGAAGGUUACGGCAAUGAUGCAGAUCGCGUGGAGUUCCGGUUCAGGGAUGCCAACAACCGGAUCGAUCUGAAGUGUGGGCGAACUUCGGUUCCGGGGACGUGGCUCACAGUCAGUCAUAUCUCUGGCCCCUCGUUGAUCAACACGAUCCAGCAGUGCCGUAAUCAGCGCGCUCGCGUUGAAGGGCCGGACCACGUGCAGCAGCAGUUCGCCCAGCUCUCGGCGGUGAUCGCCCCGUGGUACAACGAUGCCCUCGCGAAUGAGGGCAGCACGGUCGGUACCUUCACGGACCAGUUCCCGGUCGAUGAGGGUAAUUUCCAUAUCCGUGCUCGCUCAAAGCUCCGGGUGAACCCCCUGAUGUUCGUUCGGCAAGAAGCUCUGGCUCACCGCUCGCACGACGAGGGGACUGAGCUCACCGCUCGGCGUGGCGGCCCGACAUGCCGUUCGGCAGCUGGGAUCUUCGACUACCUCGGCUCUGACGAAUAUGCCGACGUCUGCUCAGCAGACCUAUAUGAUCAGCGAGUCUCGGUGAUCACCCCGGUGCUUGAGGGCGAGGAGCCGCCGACCGAUCGGGUCGGAGAGUACAUCGAGGAGGCAAGGGAUCGCUUGAGGGCAGACAUGCGCUUCUCGCGCACGUCGGCGGCGAUCACCCCCGUACUCUACCGUUCGGGUGGAGGAGACGGGACCAGAGCUCCCGGCGAGCAGUUCGACUCCAACGACGGCUCCGCAGUCUUUCUCUCCUGCCUACUUGCCCUCUCGAGGCAUCACCGGGCCGUACCAGAUGGCCAGCUCGGGGCGGGAGGGCGAGGAGUGAAAGCGCUCGACGCCUCCUCUCCGGAUAUUUUGCGCUUGCUCGCGAAAGAGCUUGGCGCCGGCUCCGGCCGUAACAUAAAGCCGGCCGAUCAGCCGUGCUUCUUCCGCGGAACAAACGUGCCGAGCGAUCCCUCGGCACGGCGCUCGGGUGCCAUUAGCAGGUCAGUUAGGAAGAUCCUUUCUUUGCCUUUGUUCGGGGAUGACUUCUGCCAAUGGUUGGUCGAUCUUCGGAUGGCUCAGUUCGAGAAGCUCUGUGCUGUUUCGGACGGGACGAUCGCUGAGUGUGUCCAAGCGUUCGUGAGUUUGGUGCCUGCUCUCGAGGCUCUCCAUUCGCCGUCGACGAGGAAGACGGAGGAAGAGCUCGGCAGGUGGGUUCCGACUAUCGAGAUCCUCUUCGCUCUCGUUCGCAGCACGGCUAAAACCGGGUGGGCCGAUCUGGCCACUGAUCUGGGCUUCGGUCUGGCUGAAACGACAGUGGCAACAGUUCGUUCUCCCCUUAGAUCAAAGAGGGGAUCAGAUGAACCGCCUAUGCCUCUGCCGCUCGCGAAGCGGCCCAGGACGAUCGAGCCACGAGCAGAAGACGCCCAGGUGUCCUUGAAGGCUCGCGAGCUCGGCGAGGCACGAAAGUGGGGCAUGAGGCUCCGGGCGAUCGUCGAGCGGUGUGGAGAGCACGCCGCUAUCGCUGGAGGUCCGAAACCUGGCUCCUUGCUCUCACAGGGCGAGAUGAAUGCAUUGCGCUCGAUCGUGUUCGAGAGUGGUGGUUUCAGGACGAUCCAGCAGUGCGUUCGUCACUGGGAGCGUCUUGAGACAUGGGCGAAGUCUCAGAACAUCAAGGCGAUCCCACUGACCACGGAGGUGCUGGUCAAGUAUUUGCUGAACCUUUCCGAUCGUGGAUGCGGGCCCACAGUGAGCCCCUCAGUUCGAGGGGCCGUGAAAUGGAUCUGCAAAAGGUUCCGAUCGAACCAGUUCGUGAUGGCGUUCUUCGCGUGGUGGAUCUUGAUCAUGAUCUACUCGUCAUUGCGCUUUGACGACGCGAUGCACGUCGUUCCCGAGGCGCUCGCCAUGAAGGACGAGGCGCUACGGAGUGGUGUGGCAGACCAAG